AAGAUUGAUAUUGAAAAUGGAUGCUAAAUGAUAAUGCAAGGCAGAAGCUUCAGGGGUUGUUUCCGGGUGGUAUCUUAAAAAGAAGUCAAGUCCUAUACGUCGAAUUCGUUGGCAAAUUUUGCUGGCAAUGCUCAGCAAUGGCUCGGUAAUGGAAUAUCUAGCUGCGUCUUUCGAGGCGAUCGAAGUUCAACCAGCUAACUUCGUAUUCAGAUCUCAAGAAAGGUGGUAAGGUAACCACCCUAUGGUAGAACAUUUUCUACUUUAGUAGUGGCAGCACGUAGAGGGUUUUGUAGUGGGGAUGCUUCGAAGGCUUAAAAGGCCUUCCAACGUCCUUGUAACACGCAGUCUUGGAAUCAAACAUACUAGUAUUCCGCGUAAAUGGAUCGAAAGUGCGAAGAAUAAUCUCACUUAACUUUGCCGUCACCGGUCCAAUCAGAUUUCCAUCGGAGUGAUCUCUGGUGUGCCGAAAUUAAUUCGCUAGGAAGAUAAAAGAAAUAGUUUGAGGUGAAAAAUAGGAGUGAAGAAGAUUAAAAUCUAAAGAAGAGAAAAGUGAUUUUCACAAGUUUCCUUGUUAGAGUUUGGGUUUGUGAUUUGUGAUCGUAUAAGUGAUAAUAAUUAAAUAUUAUUUGUAUAAGGAUUAAACAAGAGACCAUGAGAGGUGGAAUGGGUCUUCGAAUAAUUAUAUCCAUUUUGUUGGUCGUAUCAAUCUUUUCGCCGCCGAUGUCCGCUGCCCUCACAACUUUCGGAAAGAGCAAUCAACAAAAUCAAAAUUCGAAUCCACCGCCACCACCUACACCAACUGGUAAAGCUCGCGAAUGUAGAAUGGAAAACGACUGUGCUGGUAUUCAAAAUACAACGUGCAUGUCGGAUCCCCGAGAUGGAAGAACUCGAUGUCUUUGUACCGAUUACACGGCACCAAUCAAUGGUGCCUGCCAUAAUAAAUUAAAAGCUAUUCAUGUACCAUGCAAUGCUGAUAUAGAGUGUAUAGAAUUUGCCCACUGUGUGCAACGUAACAGCACAAUGGGAAAACGCUGUUAUUGCCGGGAAGGAUUUUAUGAAGAAUCUCCUCUGUUCUGCAAUGGUUGCUCAUCCGUCUUCACGUUGUAUACGAUGGCUUUAUUGGCUGCUUCGCUCGUGUUUGGAAGACUUAACUGCAUUUAAAGCUUUCAGCUUUUAAAAAACUAUCUUGAUAACCCCUAAAUCUGUAUGAUAAUCCACAGUAGAAAGAUAUAAUAAUUCUUCGAACCAACGAAUCCAAAGAGAAGUCGUUAGAAAUAUACUUAUCAUUUAACGUGUCAA